AUGCUCUCCCAGCCGUUUGGCGUGACAUGGCGCAAAGCGCUGGUCAGCGUUCCCCGGCUGGUGCCAAACUUCGUGCUCCACUUCACCAACCCUGAGGGACCUCAACCAGUCGUGUUCGACCUACCCUCGAGAGAAGCACACAUGAUUCCAAUCUACAUCUUUAUCCCGCCGACCUACAACCCUCGUUACCACCGCCUGCAGUCUCAAGGCACGCAUCUGAAAGAAUCCCUACGGCCCAGGGCGAAUCCGGAGACGACGGACGACGUGAAGCUGCCCGUGCUGAUCGACUUCCAUGGCGGAGGCUUCGUCCUGGGCUCACCGCAAGAACAAGCGCCCUUUUGCGCCCAGAUGUGCCGCGAGCUCAACUGUGUUGUCAUCUCCGUGGACUAUCGAUUAGGCCCGUCCGCGCAAUAUCCCGCCGCGAAUUACGAUGCCGAAGACGUACUGCGGGCGGUGAUUGAGCCGAGCUCGCAAGCCUACAAGACGCUCCGUGAAGGCAUCCAACAGCAUCUGGCAAAGGAGGGUCGAAAGCCCCUCGCAUUGGAUGAGUCGAGGAUCGCCUUUUCGGGCUUCAGCUCGGGCGGAAAUCUGGCCUUGAACCUGGCCUUGAGUGUCAAGGACGACCCGACGGUCCACAAGGAUUGGCCGAGUCCCAUUCCCUGGGACUUUGAGAACGACAUUCCCAUCUUGUUGUUCUAUCCGAGUUUCGACUGCCGGUUGUUGCCGCACGAGAGACCUCGGCCCGAAGGCCUGCCUCCGCCUAACGGCAUUCUUGAACGCUGGCAGAUCGAGAAAGAGUUGAUGCCCACAUAUCUCCCUGCCGACCUCCGAAGCCAUCCACGUGCCAGUCCUGGUCUGGUGGACCUUAGACCGAAGCAUCCAGGCGACCAGGAGGGCUUGCAUCCCAAAGCAAGGAUAUGGCUCCUCUUACCGCAAUUCGACUCGCUUAACGCGCAGAGUCUGGUGUGGAUCGAAAAGGUCAGAAAUGAAGGACGGAUCAAUGAUCUCACCGUCGAGGAAGUCAAGGGCGUCGUGCAUGGUUGGACCCAGUUCCCUGAUUCUUGGAUCAGUGAAGAAGAGCGAAGGUUGAAGGCCGAGGCGUUCAACCAUGCCAGAACGUUUGUCGAGACAUACUGGAAUCCGGAGAGCACGAAUGUGGACGCGGAUACAGAUGGUAAGGCCCAGCUUGAAGAUCAGACUUCCAGUCACAGUCAGGCCUAG